GAUUUUACAAAUAAGAAAUCAGCUAAAAUGAUUAAUGAUAAUCCACUUAACUCUAAUGAACUUGAUUUAAAUGACACUGUUUACUUUGAAUCUGAGACGACUAUUCCUCUUGAUUAUCCUGAUACAUACAACAAUUCUGUACCCUCAGAAGAUGAUUACCAUGAUAUAUCCAAUUAUUAUAACAAUUUUGUACACUCAGAUGAUAAUAAUUAUAUGGCUACUCAAUCAUGCAACUCAGUGGAUGAAGACGAAUCAGAUAACAAUGGAACAGAUGAUGAAUUGUAUUUGGAAUUGGUAGUUAGUAUUUCAUUUUCAUGCUGGGACUCUUUUAAAGCUUGGUUUAAUUGUUUUGCACUGCAAGAAGGGUUUGACUAUAAAAUUAGGACAAGUGAAGCAGAUGAUAAAGGCAUAAUUCGAAGGGCAACCUAUGUGUGUACCAAAACCAGCACUCACAGUCCAAACGUGAUAGUUGAUUCUACUAAGUGUCCGAGAGUAAAAAUCAAUUCUUUUUGUAAUGUUCACAACCAUUCACUUACCUCUAUGGUUAAUGAGAUUGCUACACGAUAUCGCAAGUUGACUCCUGAUAU